AUGAUGGACUGGCUAACAUCCAUCUCCGUUGACGUCUUCCACCCCAAAGUGUUGCUGGAGAGUACUCCCUCGAAUCCUUACAUCCUUCCUUUCGAAGUUUGGCUGCUCAUUUUCGCCUGUCUCGCACAAGAUCGCUGCAUUUCACCUGACGUUAUUGCCCUCAGUCACACUACAUCGCAAUUUAGGUCUUUAACAUUGGCUAUGCCUUCACUAUGGGCACAUUUUGACCUCAUGGAUCACUGCACAGAGCGUCUGGAGGAGUACAUUCGACGCUCGGACAACCAACCAGGCUGCAUUGCUAGCAGAAAACAGAAAAACGGAGGAAAACGGGCAAAGGACCUUGCAAUCUACUAUAAAGUUGAUCCAACGCGUAUUUAUGACGCAUUCGUGCCAGAACAACACCUCGCAGAAGUGGUCGGCGUUUUCACCGACCUCCGGUGCCUACAUGUCGCCGGUACGACAAAAACGACAUCAAUCUCGUUUUCAUAUAUCCUCGACGCUUUCCCGCAUCUCAUUGAAUUCGUGUGGGAACCGCCAUACGUUCCCGAGCGGAUAGCAAGAAUUCAAUGGCACGAAAAUACAAAGCAAUACAAACUACAGACUCUGCGCAUUGCAGAGGUCAUUCCUAGGCGGAUACCAAGCGAGAUUCAACAGAUUCUCCUCCAUUGCCCAAAUCUCAUACACCUCGAAGGGGGUGUAACAUCCUUGGACACAAUGGAGGAGCUUUUAUCUACUUCGAUUCAGGUCUUGCACCUCGGUUUCACUUGGAUCCGAACCCCGCAACUCAUGAUCCGGUUUCGUUUUCCAGCACUGAGAGUGCUCGAGUUCAAAGGCAAAUUAUGCUGGUGCUAUCGAUCGGCAGAUGUCAGCCUUGGGUUUGAAGACUCGACGUAUCUAGAGAAGUUGAUAGCUUCUCUCUGUAUAGACAAUGUGGAGCGUUGUAUGCGCUGGAUCGCAAUAAGUGGCCAACAUCCGAAGGAAUUGCAUAUCAGCAUGUAUGACCAGUCGCUUAGCCGGUUCCUCUUCAGGAUGGGAGUAGGUUUUGGAGGAAAGUCAAUCUUCCCGUGUUUGGAGAAACUCUACAUCACUUCUCUCGAUAACACUGGUCGAAUAUCUGUGCAAGAAGCGAUCAACCUUGUCACCCAAAUGUCCCAAGCUCGCAGCGUUCUCGGUCUGCCGAGACUACGGGUUCAACUAGGUUUACGGUGGCUUUAG